AUGCCGUUUCUUGGUCGGGAAAAAGGGCGCGCUCCAAGAUCUCGCAGAUCGGAUGAUGAAUUUGUUGUAUUCCUCCAAGGGAUUCCUGCCCACUGCCGUUGGCAAGAACUGAAGGAUCUCGUGCGUCAGACGGCUCUGCAUAUUCGACAGGCCGUAGUAUACGACGAUAGCCAUGGGUUUCCCACAGGCCUCGGGCAGAUCAUCGUGAAGAAUGAAGACGAAGCAUGGCGCACCUAUCACCGGCUGUCCACCAGCGGAUGGGACGGUCAAAGCCUGGUCGUGACGCUGGCACGUACCAGCGCACCUACAAAGCCUAUUGCAGGACCUACUAGAAGUCCACCAGCAGUGACACAUAUGCAGAACCACACACCCGGCCACACAACACCUCCAAGAUCUCAGAGAAACCUAACCGUGCCCCCCAUCGCCUAUCUCACCAGAUUAAGUUCCAUCAAUUCGGCUAGUCCCAUUUACCCAUACGCAGACUACGCGCCCAUGAUGGGUCCGAUGGCGAUUUCACCCCAGCAUUUCAUACCUAUGGUUCCCGAUCCUAUGGCACCGCAAGUGCAGUGCUUCCCACCAUCGCCACUCAUGCAUUCCCCAAUGUAUGACAAUCAAGGCUGGAACAUGGUCCCAAUGUACCCAACCUCGCCACUCCAGCUAGUCCACGAUACGGGCGAUGGAUAUGCUCGUCCGCAUUCACACAAGCCGUGGGCCGACUACACGGAACCCAACAGUCCAGCCAGCGACACAAAUCGACGGGCAGUCAAUAUCCAGAACCUACAUGCGAGCACCACGGCCGCUGAUCUACAGGCCCUCCUACGGGGUGCAGGUACUGUUGAACAGUGCAAUGUAGCAGCCAUCGAAGCAUUGGACAGUCAAGGGCGACCCCAGACCCAUCCCUAUGGCUCAGCCAUCAUGCGCAGCACUGAGGAAGCCGAACAAGCUGUGGCUCUACUGAACAACAUUUCAUUCAUGGGAGCACAAAUCUGCGUAAACAUGGCUCGCGAUCCCAACACAUCUCGCAGUAGAAGUCGGGACUCGGCAAUGACCACAUCGGAAGACCUGAGCGUACCUGACUUGGAAUUCAGCCACCAAUCCUCGGAGACUGGCAAGAGUGGACAUCAAUCACAGAGCAAUAAGACAAUUGACCCCCACAAACCCUUGGUAGUGGACGGAUCGGGAAUGCAGAAGCGGUCAUUAGAGCUACUGUCGCCAUCGGUGCCGACCUGA